GAUCAUGUACCAUUGCCAGUCGACUACCAGAGGAUUGCUUAAAACGUGGUUUUAGUGCUUCUUUUCUAACUGAUAAGUUUGAAGUGUCCAGAUUAUUGAUAGUAUUUGUAUUGGCAUUAAUAUUUUUAUUAUUAAUAUUAUAAUCAUUAAAAUUGUUAUUGUUGUAUUUAUUGUUAAUAUUGAUUGAGGAAAUAUCCAGUAUAUUCAUACGAUGCAUCUAUUUAACAAGUGCGUGAUUAUAUUGGCAAUUAGUGCAGUAUUCACUAUUGUCAAUUGUUCAAAAAUAGAUGAGACAAUUUUUGAUAAAGGAUAUCGAUCAUUAUAUCGAAUUUAUGAAGAGUGUCAAUUACGUGGUGGAGGUGUAUCACCUUGUCUUAAAAAAAAAGCGAUUACAUUUUUUGAAAAACUUGGAAAAAUUGAUACAAUAUCAUUAUCAGAAAAUUUCGAACUUGUGAAAGUAAGAAAUCAAUUCAAUGAUACAAGUGAUGACACACAUGAUCUUGAAAAUCUUGGACGUGCUGAUUCAUCAAGGAAUGAUGUUUUGAAUGAGAUACUGUUUGAUCGCGUAGCAAAUUUAAUGAAUAGUUUUAAUAUUCAAAUAAGUUUGCCAAAAACAACAUCAGGAGAGAUAAAAAGAAGUAUGGAAGAAGGACGUGGUAAAAUGAAGAAAAUGAUGGGGAUGAUGAUGAUGGGAAUGGCCAUGAAAAUGGCAGCGAUGAUACCAAUUGCAAUGGGAGUGUUGUUUCUCUUGGCAGGAAAAGCACUUAUUAUCAGUAAAAUUGCAUUAGUACUGUCAAUGAUAAUGGGCUUGAAAAAAUUACUGGCACAAAAACAAGGUGGAGAUUCACAUGGUGGAUGGCAGAGCAGUGGUAGCGGAGGUGGUGGUGGAUGGGAUAGAAGUAUCAAGGACGUACCAGUUACUCCUACUGAAAAAACUAAAGUGCCUGCACAAAGCCUUGCUUACAGUGCUCAAAAGCCGCAAAAUUGAAUAACUCAUUAUCAUCAGGAUAAUAUAAAUUAGAAGCAACGAUCGCCAUACUCGCAACAAAAAAAAAAAAAAUAGACAACAAAAGAAAAAUAUGAAUGACAAUAUAAAUAUAGACGAUAUUUA